AUGGUGAGCCGCGGCGGCGCGCGCGGGCUGCUGGGCGCGUACGAGCUGGGGCGGACGCUCGGGGAGGGCAACUUCGGGAAGGUGAAGCAGGCGCGGCACCGAGGCAGCGGCGCGCAGUUCGCCGUCAAGAUCCUGGACCGCGCCCGCGUCGUGUCGCAGCGCGCCGACGACCAGAUACGCCGCGAGAUCGCCACGCUCAAGCUGCUCGCGCACCCCAACGUCGUCCGCCUCCACGAGAUCGCUGCUAGCAAGACCAAGAUUUACAUGGUGCUUGAGCUCGUCAAUGGGGGCGAACUGUUCGACAGGAUUGCCAGCAAGGGAAAACUACCGGAGCAAGAAGCAAGGAGGCUCUUUCAGCAGCUGAUUGAUGGUGUCGGCUAUUGCCACGAAAAGGGCGUCUAUCAUAGAGACCUCAAGCCGGAGAACGUUCUUGUUGACCGAAAAGGAAACAUCAAGAUCUCUGAUUUUGGUCUAAGUGCUUUACCGCAACAUCUCGGGAAUGAUGGAUUGCUGCAUACAACCUGUGGUAGCCCCAAUUACAUUGCCCCUGAGGUUCUGCAGAACAGAGGAUACGAUGGAUCAUUAUCGGAUAUCUGGUCUUGUGGAGUGAUUCUUUAUAUAAUGCUCGUAGGUUAUCUUCCGUUUGAUGACCGAAACAUUGUUGUUCUUUAUCAGAAGAUUUUUAAGGGUGAUACUCAGAUCCCAGAGUGGCUUUCUCCUGGUGUACAAAAUCUUCUUCGGAGGAUUCUUGAACCCAACCCGAUGAAGCGGAUCACCAUGGCAGAGAUCAAGGCAUACUGA